AUGGUUGAUGAAGUAGCAAGACUUGCUCUUGAAGCAGCAGAAAGGGAAAGAAACAGAAAAAAGAAUGAGCAGGCUACGAGACCUGUUCAGGCCAUUGUUAAGCCGGAAAUCAAAGGAAAAUUCGAGCUAAAAGAAGGAACAGUGCGACUGGUCCAAGCUACGUGCCAGUAUAUGGUUAAGCCAAAUGAAGACCCACACAAACACUUGAUGCAGUUCGUGGACUUGAGUGAACAUUUCCAAUACAGAGAUUUCACGGACGAUUAUGUGAAGAUGGUAUUGUUCCCAUUCUCGUUGAUUGGUGAUGCUAGAGAGUGUUUGAAUAAUCUCCCCGCAAAUUGUAUUACUUCGUGGGAGAUUCUAUCGAGCAAAUUCAUCAAGAAGUUCUUUUCUUUCCGAAAAAUGAAGGAGCUCAGAGGGAUAAUUGCCAACUUCACUCAGAAGGAUUUUGAAUCUCUACCACAGGCUUGGGAGAGCCUCAAGGGUUAUUUGCGAGAUUGUCCUCAUCAUAUGCAACCGCAGGAGAUCAUUGUGCAUUAUUUUAUUGAAGGGUUGCGGCAUGAUUCACGUGAUUUAUUGAACGCCUCUGUCCAGGGGAAGAUUUUGACCAAGACUUAUGAGGAAAUUAAAGCUUUACACGAGCUUAUAUCUGAGGGCACUCAGGAAUAUCAAGAGACGAGUCGGGGUUUACCACAAAAAGCCGUUGGGGUUCUUCAAGUAGAUGACGUUGCAGCUAUUCGGGCUGAUAUAAGUACACUUACUAAUGUGAUGUUGAGGCCAAACCGUGGUGGCAAAUAUUGUGGGAACUAUUAUGCGAACAGCUAUAAUCCUCCAUUCGGGAAGCAGGACUUCCACAAGAUAAACAAUUAUCAGCAACCUCAAGCUCAGCCAACUAGCAAUUUAGAAGAGAUGAUGAAGCAGCUCAUGGCUCAACAGCAGAUAAUGCAACAGCAACAUCAGAAAGUUCAGAGUGAGAUGCAGAAAUCUAUUCAUGAGCUUGUACAUCAAAUGGGGCAGAUAGCUAAUAUGCAGAAUGUCAGACCACAGGGUGCUCUUCCUAGUGAUAUUGAGAAGAAUCCCAAGGAGUGCAAUGCAGUCGCCUUGAGGAAUGGCAGAGAACUUCAAGAAGUGCCUCCGAAAAAGAAAAACGUAGCAGAAGCAGAACUUACCCCUGCUAAGUGA